AUGGGAAAUAAAUAACAUUAAGCAAAAUUGAGAAAUAGCAAUAUAAGUAUGAACAGCCUGGGAAGGUCCGUUUCAACAGCCCCCACGAAUGAGUCAGGUUUAAUUAGAUUCACAACUGAUGGCAGCUUGAGUUCUUCCAUGUUUGGAGGAGUUGAGUUUUAUUUUAAUCGCAUGCCCAAUACUGUUAUAGACGGAAUCUGUUAAUUCCUAACUAUCAACGAUCUUACAAAUUUGUAUUGCACUAGUCGGUUUGUAUAUGAGAGAUUUUACACGUCACUUCCAUACUCAAUUGCGUGUGGAAAUCUAUUGUACAAGUAGUAUGAAGACAGAAGACACAUUGCCUAGUAGGCAGUUCAAACUAAACAUGCAUCUUGGCCAUAAGUAUUAUAGGUUUUUAUGGAAAACAAAAAAUAAAUGCAAAUUCUACACAUCAAUCUCAGAUAAUCGUUGUAGGGUGCCUAUCAAUUGCAUAUCAUCUAUCCCCCGUUGCUAAUGGAUGAGAUUACUAAGGAAGGAUUGAACUCAGAUUUUUAAAGAUAAAUUAUGCAAAAAUUAUAAGAUUGUUAAGAAUGCCACACAAUUACUGAAAUACAAAUCAUGAAUUAAACAAGAGCAUAUUUCAAAAAGUCAUCACUCUAAAAAUAAUAAUUGCUCAAUACAAUGUUAGAGAUAAGAACAAUCAGAAAAUUCCAAGUAGAUUAAAAAUUGCCUUAAUUAUUUAAUAUUUUAAUAAUAUUAUGUUCAUCUAUUAAAUCUCUAUUACAAAUAAUAGCAUUGACUCUUGAAUGUGCAUUCAAUGCAAACGAUACUGUUGGUCUACUAGACUUUUACCUUUAUAAUUAUUAAAUGUAUCUUAUAUGGAUGCAGCAAGUUGAUGAGUUUGCCACACCAUACCUAAAAAUGUUUGAUAUCAUUUUAAACGAAUAGAUCAAAUCAUAUUAAUCUCCUCCCUUUACCCUGCAAUGGAUUAUGAUGAAAAUGUGGAAUUAAUGCAUUUAUCAAAAAAGCAAACAUUUCUUAAGAUCUAUUUUCCUUCAAUUGCUCUAAUAAGUACGACUUAAUCCAUCUCUAAAAUACGAAUUAUUUUUGUUAAAAGAUUACAUCUCCUAAUUAAUUGAUCUUUCAACCGAUCAAUCAAAUAUUAGAAUGGCUGGACAUUCUAAAUUUACCUAUAUAAAAGAUUUAGAGACUUUAUUUUAAGUUGUGAUAAGUCAGUCUGUUGAUCUUUGGAAUUCAAGAGAUUUUGAUUUUAAAACUGAUAUUAACGUGCUUGGAUAUGUCUUUCAAAAGUAUAUUUUAGAAAAUAAUCUGUUGUAUAGUCUUUUGGAAUAAAAAUACGAAAUUAUUAAAGCAUCAAUUGAAACAAUUAAAUAAAGUUAAGAAUACUAGAAAAGAACAAUGAAAUAUGAUAAUGAUAAUUAGAUUCUAUAAGAAUAAGCAGAUUACUCAUUUCAAUUAUUGAAUAUUAAUAAAGUAUAUUCGAAGAUCAAAUAAAUAAUUAAUGGAGAUUUUGCAAUGGAAUAAAAUGUAAGGUUAACUAUAAACUAUUAAAAAAACACACUUGAUAGAGUGCAAAUGUAUCUUAGAGAAUAUCACCCUGAUUUAUAUGAUUCAGAUUUCCUAAUUAGCAAAUAUUGA